AUGUUGUUCACUCCGCUCAUUCUUCUCCUCCCUGCCGUUAGUCAUGCCUCUUGGCUCCCCUUCAGGCGAGGACAGCCUUCGAACCCCGAAGACUGUACUGUGACAAGCACUCUUUUCCCUAUCACUGUGACCAGCAUCCAUCCUACCUCUACCAUUGGACCCCAUGGCUCUGGUUCUGGCUCUGGCUCUGGCUCCGGUGGCUCCAAUGGUUCUGGUGGUUCUGGUCAUAGUCAGGUGACAGGCGGUGGCUCACUCAUCUACACCACUGCCCUCCCUACCCUUGGCCCCAAUGGUCCCGGUGCACAUACUUAUACCAUCACGGCCCCCUGCGCCUCGUCUGACUGCCAGAGACCUGCCCUCACCGAGUGUCCUCCUGGCUUCACCACCACAGCCGUUAUCUGUCACGUCUGUGGCGAGCUCCCAGUCACCACCACUUUGACUCUGCCUAUCGAGUCAGCCACAGCUGCUCAGGGGUCUCACGGUGGGGCCGCCAAGGCUGGUUCUACUCUGACUGCGGUUGUCACGGCCGUUAUUCACAAGACCGUCGUACCAGUUCCUCCUGCUGAGAGUGUCUACCCGUGGAUUUCCCGUGGUGGUCCUGAAAUGCCCGAUGCCCAGAAACCAUCUCAGGUACCUGGUGGUUCAGAUUCCAAGCACGAUGAGGCUGGAAAAGGCGACGAAAUACCCGAUGGCCCUAAGAACACCGGCGCUCCCGAAUCUCCCGCUGGUGCGGACACUACUGCCACUGUGGAUGCACCUAACGGACCGUCUACUGCAGCGGGUAAUCAAGCCGGGCAUGGAGACGGUGAUGAAGCGGGAUCAGAAUCGGCAUCUUCUUCUGAUGACGCUAGUCCAUCAGCCGUUGUUGUUACCAGCCACGCACCCGAGACUAAGGUGACUAGGCCUGUUGUCAUCAAGGCUGCCCUCUUUGCUGCCAUGGUCUUGUAUCCUCUCUAUGUCUAG